AUGACAGCUAUAAACGGAAACAUCAGUUCCCAUGAUUUCACUGCCAUUACAGAUCCAUCAAAACAAGCUCAAGUCUAUCAGUACCUUGAAGCUCUGAAAAAUGAUGAAUUUGGAUGGAAGAAAUCUGCGGAAAACAUAGUCACAAACAAUUUAAGUAACGUUGAAGAACAUUUCCUUCUUUUACAAGUUGUCGAAGAUUACUUGAACCGCAGAUAUGCAUGUCAGGCUAACGAGGAUGCUGUUUUAUGCGUUCGAGGAUUUUUGUCACACUGGAUUCAAAAAAUAACAUCUAAUGUUGAGCUCCCUGUGUUUUUGAUUAAUAAGAUGGCUCAUAUUUUUUCACUUGUUUUUGCGGCCGAUUUCCCUGAACGUUGGCCGAAUUUCAUGGACGAUAUAUUUCUUUGCCGUAGUUUAACAUCUGUGCCAUUUGUCAGCUUUUAUCUUAAGACUCUUUUAGCGAUUGACGCUGAAGUUGUCGACAGAGAUAUUCAACGACCAAAGCAGACCUUUGAUAGAAAUACUAAGAUCAAAGAUUUCAUGAGAGAGAUAUGUAUAAAACAAAUGGUCCAAAGUUGUUGGAAAAUUAUGGACGAAGUCAAUGACAUAUCUGUUCAAUGUCUAUGCUUACAAGUUAUAUCUGCUUACGUGGAUUGGAUAGAUGUAGAGCUUGUGGCGAACGAUAUUUUUGUUUCUAAAGUUAUAUCUCGGUUGAAUAACAAAGAUACUACGGAUGCUGCCGUAUCUGCUGUAUCCGCUUUGAUGCAAAAAGGAAUGGCGGCCGACAAGAAACUUUCUUUGGUGCUUGCUUUGUCGAAUGUUCUAAGAUCAAACCAACUCAUAUCUGUUUCAUAUAAUAGCGACGAAGAUGACAUCUCUCGCGCUGGAAGUUUGUUGAAUACUAUUGGCAUGGUAUUAAUGGACUGUUCUUCGAAGUUUACUAGUGAAGGAGCUGUGGAAGAUGCUGGAAGAUGUAUUAAAGCUCUAGAAAUCGAUCUUGAUACAUACCUCAAAAUUUUCGACAAUGAGGAUAUUGAUCUGAGUGAUUGUGUAAUUGAUUCCCUUCGGAACUAUGUGCAUCUCAUCCGGGAUUCUGACGAUGAAAAGUCCGGAUCUUUUCUAUCAAAAGUCGUGAACAUUUGUCUCAACAGAUAUACCAUGUCUUCUGAUUUGGAGGUAGAUGGGGAAGGGGAAGACGAACUGGAGUUUCAUGAAUACAGAAAAGAUUUGAAAUCAAUAAUGAACACUAUCGGUAGCAAGAGGCCUCAGCUUAUUAUUUUACCACUAGAAGAGGUAGUAACGGAUGCUGUUAAAAACCCUUCAAGCUUAUCUGUUCAUCGUCUUGAAGCUAUUAUGCAGUUAGUUUAUGCUCUAUCUGAACUCAUACCGAGCAAUUUCGUACAAGCGAAGGAUGGUUGGUUGGGCAGAGCCGUUAAAAUUCCAUUAAUACUUCUUUCGGGUCAAAUACUCGAUGGUCGUUCACCAGUCAUUCACACCUUGUUUUUCGAGAUUGCAUGUCGAUAUGAGAGGAUACUGGCUAAUCACCUCAAUAGUGUUCCACCGAUUGCUGCUGCUUUCUUGGAUGCUAGAGGAAUUGCUAUACCUGUAGCAAAGGCCAGAACUAGAAUUGUUUACCUGUUUUGCCGUUUUGUUAAAGCUCAUAAAACAGCAUUGAGCUCUCUUGUUAGUGAGGUGAUUGGGAGACUAGCUCCUCUUCUUGCAGUUUCGCCUCAGUCAGAAUUUCUUUCUGCUGAUGACCAAUGUUUUAUUUAUGAAGCAACUGCCACAUUGAUAAUGUUUGGUGAUUUAUCAACAGAGCAAAAGGCUGAUUACAUCAGAGAGUUGGCUAGUAAUCUUGUGAAUAAGUUCCAAGCUGCAGUUACUGAACUGCAAUCAGCUAGGUCACGGAAUGACGAGCCGUCGGAAAACUUAAUAACUCAAUUUAUGAAAAAUAUUAUCGGGUAUUGCAGUCGUAUGUCUAAAGCGUUUUAUGGAAAUUUCACCAUGAAAUCUUGUGGAUGUGUGGAAAUUUAUCUUCAAUUGUUAGAUUUGUUCUUGGAGCAUCUUACUCCUGAAAACUCUUUCUUACUGGAAAACGUUCGUCAACUUGCUCAUCGUUUGGUUGUAUGUUUAGAUGAGGAGGUUCUGAAUAUUCUCCCUAUAAUUUUCACUAAAUUAGGAUCGGUUUCAAACGAUUUGGAUAGUAUGAAUCAUUUUCUCAUUCUAGCUCAUCAAGUGCUCGCUAAGCACAAGGGAAAGUUGGUCUCAACAGGUUUAGACUUAGCUGCUAUCUUGACAACUGCGGCGCGUUACUCUGUCAGUGAUUCUCAGGCUUUUGGAAAAGAUUCAGAUGAAUCUGUUCAACGUAAUAUUGUUUAUGUUCAAAGGGCUUUCCUCCAGUUGCUUUGCACGGCAACGACUAAUGAUAUGUUGGGGAAAAUAGCACAACCAUCUGUAAAAAACGCUCUUCUGAAUGCAGCAGUUCAAUUAGCUUUGGGUAAUGAUCAAUCCUCUCAGAAGUUGGCUUUGACGACUCUGGCAAAGGCAUCUCAAUCGGAUUCGGAUUGUUGGCAGCAAACUUUGCGAACUGCUCUUCAAGUUCCUUCUUUACCUCAUAUCAGCCCGUCAGACGCCGGUAGUACCCUGGUUGUGCACGAAGUGGUUACGACGUUAUUAGCAUUGAAACAAAUUGAUGAGGAGAACCUGCAACUCGGAAUAAGAUCAUUGUUACCUGAAGCUAUGUCGGGACGCCUGCUAAUGUUGCUCAAUCAAAAUAAGCAAAAAGACAUAGUCAGGGGUAUGAUGGAGAUAUACGCAUCACUGAAGACAAGCCAGUAG